AUGGCCUCCCAACUCAUCGAGCUCGCCAAGAACCGCAGGACCUACUACCCGCUGUCCAAAGACCUCUCCAUCCAGCCAGACAAGAUCCAGGAGAUCGUCAAGACCCUGCUGCAGGAGGUGCCCUCCUCCUUCAACUCCCAGUCCAACCGCGUCGUCGUCCUGUUCGGCGCCGACCAUGAGAAGCUGUGGGACAUCGCCACCGAGGUCCUGAAGCCCAUCGUCCCGGCCGAGCAGUGGGAGGGCACCGCCGGCAAGAUGGCCAUGUUCAAGGGCGCCGCCGGAUCCGUCCUCUUCUUCGAAGACCAGGACGUCGUCAACGGCAUGCAGGAGAAGUUCGCCCUGUACGCGGACCGCUUCCCCACGUGGGCGGGCCACUCGGACGCCAUGCUGCAGUUCGCCGUGUGGACGGCCCUCGAGGCCGAGGGGCUCGGCGCCAACCUGCAGCACUACAACCCCCUCAUUGACAACCGCGUCGCCGCCGAGUGGAAGGUCCCCGCCAGCUGGAAGCUGCAGGCCCAGCUCGUCUUUGGCGGCAAGACCGGCGCCGCCGGCGAGAAGACGUACGCGCCCAUCGAGACCAAGUUCAAGGCCUUUGGUGCUUAG